AUGUCUCAGAAUCAACGAGAGGCUUGGGAGCGCGUGCAGCUCAUGCUGCAGAGACGUAAGGGUGGCAUCCCCGGUGGUGGUCGCGGUGGUAUGGGCUUGGCCGGUCUUGUCCUGGUCGGAGUCGGAGCCUGGGCAGUCUCGAAUUCGCUCUUCAACGUUGACGGUGGUCACCGUGCUAUCAAAUACUCAAGAUUCAGUGGUGUGCGGAAGGAAAUCUACAGCGAAGGAACCCACCUUCGUAUUCCCUGGAUCGAGACCCCCAUUAUUUACGAUGUCCGCGCUAAACCGCGCAACAUUGCCUCCUUGACUGGAACCAAGGAUUUGCAGAUGGUCAACAUCACUUGCCGUGUGCUUUCCCGGCCCCGCGUGGAUGCUCUUCCCCAGAUCUACCGGACCCUCGGCGGAGACUUCGAUGAGCGUGUGCUGCCAUCUAUUGUCAACGAAGUGCUGAAGAGCGUUGUUGCUCAGUUCAACGCCAGCCAGCUGAUCACUCAACGUGAGAACGUUGCCCGUCUGGUCCGCGAGAACUUGGCUCGUCGUGCUGCCCGUUUCAACAUUGCCCUUGAUGAUGUUUCCCUGACCCACCUGACCUUCUCUCCCGAAUUCACUGCUGCCGUUGAAGCUAAGCAAGUAGCUCAGCAAGAUGCUCAGCGUGCUGCUUUCCUGGUCGACAAGGCUCGCCAAGAGAAGCAGGCUUUCAUUGUCCGCGCGCAGGGUGAGGCCCGUUCCGCCGAGCUGAUUGGAGAGGCCAUUAAAAAGAGUAAGAGCUACAUCGAGCUGCGUAAGAUUGAGAAUGCUCGCCAAAUUGCUCAGCUCUUGCAAGAGAACGGCCAGAACAAGCUUUACCUCGAUGCUCAAGGCCUGGGACUUAACGUGAACGCAAGCAGCGAAGAAGGCAAAUAA